UCCAAUAGACUCACUCAUCCUCACCACUGGUAUCAGAUAGAUUCUCCAUCCAACGAACAAAAUCUGAUCCCAGAAACAAACCACACACUGUCUCAAUCUAGUUCUGUUGGUGGUUGAUCAAACUUGAUCACUGUGGAAGUGAUGAAAGCCCUCACCAGCUAUGGUUCUAAGGCCAUUUCUGAGAGGCUAGGAGUUCAAGUCCUACAUGUUUCUGAUAGACCCGAGUUUUGUUUCUCCCUUCGUUUCAGGAAUGAUAGAAAAGGCUCCAACUUUUGGCUCCUCAAACUGGUCCAAAACAAGGGUUAUUACCCGGUUCAUGCUCUGCCAGCAAAAACCCAGGUGGACUUGGAAGCUGCGGAGCCACAAGUUGCACAAAGUGAACAAAUAAAUGAAUCAAAGUUUGUUCGCGUAGCAUUUCAGUUACAAAAAGAUUGCGACUUUGGCGAACAGUUUCUAAUAGUUGGGGAUCAUCCUAUACUUGGUUCCUGGGAACCUACUGAAGCGUUGCCAAUGACAUGGUCUGAUGGGCAUGUAUGGACUAUUGAGCUGGAUAUGCCUGUUGGAGAGUCAAUCCUGUUCAAAUUCAUACUGAAAGGAAAAGAAGGUGAUAUUAUAUGGCAGCCAGGUUCGGAUCGAGUUAUCAACACUUGGGAAACUAUGAAUAAGAUCAUAGUUUUUGAGGAUUGGGAGAAUGCUGAACUUCAGGAAAUAAUAGAGGAAGAUCAAUUUUCUCAAUCAAAUGAGAAACCCCAGGAUAACUCAGAAGUGCUAAUUUCUGCUGAAAUUUUGAAUAAUCCUCCAGAGGCACUGGAAUCAAAUGAGAAACCCCAGGAUAACUCAGAAGUGCUAAUUUCUGCUGAAAUUUUGAAUAAUCCUCAAGAGGAUCUGGAAUCAAAUGUAUCCCAAACAUCUGGCAUUCAAGAUAUACAAACUGAUGCAGAGGAGAAACCACUUGCUGAACCAGUCCUGCAACAUCUCACUAGUGUUAGUAGCUCUUCCUCAAUUGAGAAGCCAAUGGCCAUGGUUGCAGAAAAUAUAGAUUCCUCUGAGGAUUUCGUGGAAAGUACAAGCCACCAAAAGGAUAUAAGGAAUAUGAUUCAACAGAAUGAAGAAUCUGCGAAUAGUCCCAGAAAUGAUGUUGUAAUACAUCAUCUUGGAAGGAAUGGAAACGCUGCACCACUUAAGAAUCAGGAAGGGACGAUUGCGGAGCGAAGCUUAUUUGAUUUUGAAGGAGGUCCUGUUCUUGUACCUGGCUUAGUCCCGCCAAGUGAAGAAGCUGGCCCAGGUGAAGUUGAAGAAAAGACUACCAUGGGCCCUUCAGUUGAAGCUUUAGAAACUCAGGAUCAGAAUAUACCAGAGUUCAGUGAGGAGCAAGAAUUGAAUGAUGACAAACCUCAGGAGGUAAAUGCAACAAUCCAUGAUGACCCAGAGCUGCUUGACAAUGAGCAUGAAGAGCAGUUUCAUUUAGCCUCAGCAAUGGAAGAUAGAUCAAGGUCCGACCCAGUUUAUGGUAAUCCUUUGCAAAAUGACAUCCAGUGGGGCCGUGAAAAGUUCAGCAAGGAGCAAGAAUCUGAUGAUGGAAAACGUCAAGAGAUAAAUGGAACAAUCCAUGAUGAGCCAGAGCAGCUAGACAAUGAGCAUGAAGAACAGUUUCAAUUAGCUUCAGCAAUGGAAGAUAGGUUGAAUUCCAAGCCAGUUUAUGGUAAUCCCUUGCAAAAAGACAUCCAGUGGGGCCGUGAAACGGUUAAGAAGUUUCUAACAGUGCUUGGAUUCCUUUGAUGUCAACUUUACAGAACCCCUGGAAGAAACAUCACUGAAACUGAUCAUGAAUUCUGUGAUUGUUCUGAUUCAUUUGCCUAAUUUUUUAUUGGCUUGGGAAAGAUGGAAAGGAGCUCAAGGUGUUUGAGGAUUGGACACCUGUUAUGUUUAGAGGAUGGUGUUUUAUACUAUGCUGUCUGUGUUUGAAUACCAACGUGAACUGGCGUUGAUCCAACGGAUGUCAUGAGCCUCUUUCAUGUUCGGUGCAUGAGAAGUCGUGUUUUCAUGUGAGAAUGUGCGCAAACGUCAUUCAAACAGAAAACCAAAGUAUCAAACACAGCCAUAUUAGUUAGAUUUGUAUUGUUCUUCUUUCAGUUUUGGCCACUUCUGUAUAGUACUAGAAGUCUCAUUGUGGCCAGGGAAAGAGCUCUUGUUAUGUAUGACAUACCUGAUUUUUCGCAAGUAUCUGUUGUAAUAAGUUUCUAAGGAAAUUUUUUGUUUCCUAUUUCGAUCUUAUGCUAUCGGAUAUGGAAAAUUUGGAUGUACAUUUUGUAAUAGUUAAUCAAAGCUACAUAAUGGGUUGGAGUUGGACAUAA